GACGAUCCGUUGAAAACAAGAGGAGAUCUACUCGUAAUGGUACCCGUGCUGUCCGCCUUCCAGGUAGAAGCUUUUGUGGUGAGCUGGCAGGUCGUGGUCAGACUGAUGUGGGGGAGGAGUCAGACGAUGAGGACAGCGAUCGUGGGGUGCAGUAAGGUGCAGUACAAUGCAGUGCAGGUGCUGUGGGAUGCUCAGCGCGUUGACGUCUUUCUCUGUGUGUGUACGGGCAGAAAAUUUGGAAAUGCUGAGAUGCGCAAGUUGUGCCUGAACAAAUGAGGUUGAAGAAGUCAUAGGUAGAGUAGUCACAGCCUCGGGACGUAGGUCAUGACAGACCGGGCUAACGUCGGCCCAGUUUGCUUUUCUGAUCCCCGCCCAUCCACCAUGGAGAGAGCUGCGCUCGCUGGGAUUGCCAUGGACCAUUAAUUUCUGCUUCAUGAAAUUCUGCCCUACCCGCAAAUCAAAUUGUUCAGAAGAAAUUCAACUUUCCUGGUCCAGCGGACCGUUUCUCCUGUUCCCCCAGCGUCUUGAGCUCCUACUCGUACUUGCAAGGUAUACCCAACUGUUUUGCGUCACUCGUACUCGGACAGGGACAGGAAAUACACCCCUCCCUCCACCAUCACCGACCCUCUCCUCCUCUUCUUCCUCCCCACUACAUCAUGGCGACUCCUCAAGCGCAGGCUGUUGCCCUAAAGGACCAAGGAAAUAAAGCAUUCGCAGCUCAUGACUGGCCUACUGCCAUCGAUUUCUACACAAAAGCCAUAGAUUUAGACGACAAGGUCCCAGCAUAUUAUUCAAACAGAGCUCAGGUACGAUCUCCAUAAAGCUGGGUUGCGCCCCCUCCUGUGACUAACAGCAGAAGGCGAACAUUAGGUCAGAAGCCUACGGGUAUGCUAUAGCAGAUGCUACUAAGGCCAUUGAACUAGAUCCCAACUUCGUCAAGGUACAUCUUCUUGCCCACGUGUGCCGACAUCCCCACUAACAAUUAUCGCCAGGCCUACUACCGUAGAGGUGUUGCCUAUGCUGCAAUUCUCCGACCUGCAGAUGCUCAAAAGAAUCUCCAGAUCGUCGUCAAAAAGGCGCCUGGCGACAAAGAUGCCAAAUUAAAGUUGGCAGAGUGCCAAAGAAUUGUCAAACGAAAUGCAUUCGAAAAGGCCAUCGAGAUCGGAGACGAGCCCUCGGCAGCUGAAGGGUUGGAUAUUGAUUCCAUAGCAGUGGAUGCCAGUUACGAUGGAGUCCGACUAGAGAAGGAGAUGACACAAGAAUUCAUUGAUGACAUGAUUGAGCGAUUCAAAAACGGAAAGAAAAUACACAAGAAAUAUGUUUACCAGAUUGUUCUAGCUGUCAAGAAGAUUGUCUAUGAUGAAGCAACAAUGGUUGAGAUGAAGAUCCCAGAUGAUGCAACCUUGACUGUCUGUGGAGAUACACAUGGUGAGUCAAAGUCGCCAAAAUGUUUGCCGGGUUCUAAUGUCGUUAUAGGUCAGUAUUUUGACUUGAUGGAGCUCUUUAGGUUGAAUGGUUUCCCCACCGAGAAGCACUAUUACCUAUUUAAUGGUGAUUUCGUCGAUCGAGGAUCUUGGUCUACUGAAAUUGCUCUUCUUCUCUACGCAUAUAAGUGGAUUCGCCCAGGUUCCUUCUUCAUCAAUAGAGGAAACCAUGAAACGGACGACAUGAAUAGAGUAUAUGGAUUUGAGGGAGAAUGUAAAGCUAAAUAUAAUGGUAUGUCAUGUCCAUUUCUUCAAAUUCUUAGCGAAAGUAUAUAUGUCCGAUAGUACUAAGCGUAAUUUAGAUCGAGUUUUCAAGUUGUUCUCGGAAAGCUUCUCUGCACUGCCCUUGGCAACUCUCAUUGGCGAGAAAUACCUCGUACUUCAUGGGGGGCUCUUCUCCGAUGACAAAGUCACGUUGGAUGAUAUCCGGAAACUCAAUAGGCACAAUCAACGCCAGCCUGGCCAAGCAGGCCUGAUGAUGGAGAUGUUAUGGACAGAUCCACAAACGGAACCUGGUAGAGGACCAAGUAAGAGAGGUGUUGGUAUGCAAUUUGGACCCGAUGUUACCAAAAUAUUCUGCGACAACAAUGGUUUAGAGGCUAUCAUCCGAAGUCAUGAGGUGAGAAUGGAAGGCUACGAGGAGGAACAUGACGGAAAAUGUAUUACAGGUACGAAAUUCAAUCGUCCAGUCUCCCCUUCCAUGGCUAACUUCAAGACAGUUUUCUCUGCUCCAAAAUACUGCGACAGCACCGAAAACAAAGGUGCCUACAUCAACAUUGGACCUAAUUACAAGCUCGAAUUCCACAAAUUCGAUGCAGUCCCACAUCCAAACAUCAAACCUAUGGCGUACGCUCAAAACAGUCUCAUGUCGAUGACUUGAUUUAGGCAAUGCCACAGUUUCUUUUCAAUAUUCUCCAGAUGGAUAUAUGCAUCGUCUCAAGGCGGCUUUAUGGAAUGUAUAGCGGGAGUUUGGGGAUCUACAAAAAGCAAGAGAUAAAUAAAGCCUUGAUGAAUUGUGUGCAGUAAGGGAUGGUGCAUCGUAGAAUAGCCAGGCGCCGUGCAUCCAUGUCGAUGGAAAUAAGACAUCUUUAGAACAGAACCCGUAAUUUGGUGCCGUUUUCUGCCCUAAUUGAAGUAGUUGACACAAUGUCAUAUAGC